GAAAUCAUCAAAAUUUGCACCGAAGGCAAAAUAAAAAACAGCGAGAAUUUGUGGCGCACAUGCUCAUUGUACGGUGGUGCAAAAACAAAGCCCAUUAGCGCGAACUGUCAAAACGAAGCCCAAACGUCAACGUAUGCUACUAUUUGUCAUUUGUCGUCUAACAACAAGAGACUCACACACUCUUCGCUCCGAGUGAAUUAAAUAGGACAAAAUUCUUUUUUGGCAUUAUUUAUUAAUUAUCGAAUAGAAAAAAAUGCACACAAAAUGCAUUACUAACAAAUAGUAUUUAUUAAAUUAUUAUCAAAUCAGGGCGAUUGUACAUACCAUACUCUUUUUCCAAAGACAACCACCUAUAUUUUUUUUUGUCAGUAUUUGAACAAGAACUAAGUUAAGAAAGAAUUUUUUUUUGCCAUGGAUCUCCAUUUGCCAGUCGAUGCGAAUAAAAGCAUUGAUGAACUGACAGCUGAGGAAAAACUGAGGCUUGAACAUCAACGAAUGCAUGAAAAGCAUAAAGGUCAUGAUGCCAUGCACGCGGAAAUGAUUAUCAUUUUAUUUGUGACUUUGAUAUUAGCACAGGUUGCACUGGUGGAGUGGAAGAAACGACAUUACAGAUCAUAUUCGUUUAUCACUUUAUUAGGCCUAUGGAUAAUACCGGUGUGCGUUUGUAUAAAGAACCAGUGGUGGCGCUUUAUAUUUUUCUGGUUGCUGUUUUCAUGCGUAACGAUAUUGGUGGUGCGCAAAGCUAUGAUCAAACCGAUAUCUGGAACUACUCCAAGGCUUGUGUAUAAAUGGUUUUAUUUCAUUUAUAAACUGAGCUAUGGCCUUGGCAUUGUCGGCUAUAUCAUAAUGAUGCUCACAUUUGUUGGUUUCAAUUUAGUUUUUAAUCAACCGCCAACUGUGUGGAUGGACGUUGGAUUUAUGUUUGUCUACUAUGGUUUAUACUUUGGUGUGUUGGGCCGAGACGUUUCAGAGAUUUGCGCCGAUAAAAUGGCAUCCAACAUUGGGUAUUACACGCCGCAAGGGAUGCCGAUCCGUAAUUUGGAGCAGAAUGUAUGUGCAGUAUGUGGAAAUGACCUGUUAGUUAGCGAAAAAGAUACUGGCGUAAUUGAGGAUACCUACAAAUUAUCAUGUCAUCAUGUGUUUCAUGAGUUUUGCAUACGUGGUUGGUGUAUCAUUGGGAAAAAACAAACGUGCCCAUAUUGCAAGGAAAAAGUCGAUCUGAAGCGUCUGUUCAGCAACCCAUGGGAGCGGCCACAUGUAUUAUACGGUCAAUUGCUUGACUGGAUUCGAUGGCUUGUGGCAUGGCAACCAGUCAUUUUGGUUCUCGUACAAGGCAUCAACUGGGCACUUGGCUUAGAAUAAACCCGAUCGAAUCAUACCAUUUUCACUUUUGCUUUCCUAUUGUAAAACUGUUUCCUAAUUAUUCAACCCAUGGAACAGUCCAAAUCCAUUUGCAUAACCUAAUAUAUAUUUUGAGUCAUAGUUUAUAUAUAUUUAUUCGGAUGAUUAAACUCUAGCUGAUUUUUUCAUGAUUUUGUUUUUGUGACAAAAAAAAAACCCCAUUCAUUUUGUGAAAAUAAACAAAAUGUGAGAAAAAAGUGUGAAAUAUAUUGAAUCAUUGUUGUUUUUGUUUACAUCUGUCUAUGUUGAGUGUUUGACAGUUGGCGAACUGUCAUUCAGCGCAAUUUCACCAUUGUAUUGCCCACAUGUGCCCACAGGCACAACAUACACACAUCGUGCGGUUUUUGUUGUGAAAUUCUGAAUUUUUGAUUUAAUCUAUGGAAUUGCUGCUUCGGGAAUAGGAUAAAUACUGACAAAAAUGGCUAUGGGCCGGACUUUUAUUCAGAAUCGAUUGAGAACUGUGUUAUUAACAAGAAAAUGGGAACGGAUCGCAACGUAUUGUACGAUACACAAGGAGGAUCAUGAAAUUAGACCAAAAACAAUUACGGAAAAAUUCGCUGAGUCAAUCAAAAUAGCGAAAGAAACAAAGAAAGUGGUCAAAGCACGAGAAUCACCAGCGUACGAAGGGACAAAUCGACUGAUAAAACCAGUCGAUGGAUAUACACCUAGAUUUAAAUACAAUGGUUACUUGAGAAAAAGUCAUUGGCGUUACUAUGAUGAAAAUCGACCAGAAAAGGAAGCAGAAACUGAAGAACAAUUCAAUUACAGAAUGUUGAAAAAGCAUAAAUAUUGUCUUCUAAUGGGCUUUGCUGGCGGAAAUUAUUUCGGGAUGCAAUUCAAUGAAUCUGUUAAUACAAUCGAAGAUGAGUUACUAAAGGUGAUGGUAAAAAAUAAAUGGAUUCUGCCUGAACAUUUGGCUAAACCAUGGACAUUUGAUUUUGUGCGUGGUUCGCGCACGGAUCGAGGCGUUUCAGCGGCUCGUAUGAAUGUUUCAAUGGUUUUGCCAACCUAUGUCAAUGUCAACGAUUUGAAUCGAGACCUUCCAUCAGACAUCCGUGUGUUCGGAAUGAAAAAAGUGACGCCAAAAUUCAGUGCCCGCUUCAAUUGCACGGCUCGAACCUACUCGUACACGUUGCCAACGAUAGCAUUUUCUCAUUACAAUGAUCAAACUGAAAUGAAGGACUUUCGAUUAACGGCAGAUCGAUUGCAACGAGCCAAUCAAAUACUUGGCCUGUACAAAGGAAUGACCAAUUUCCAUAAUUACACGGUAAAGAAGCUGUUUUUCGAUCGAUCAUCUUUGCGACACAUCGAGCACAUUGAAUGUAGCGAACCGUUCAUUGAAAAUGACAUUGAGUUCGCGCGAAUCACGGUGAAGGGUCAAAGUUUUAUGUUGCAUCAAAUUCGGAAGAUGGUUGGAUUCAGUUUAGCAGUGAUUCGUGAAGUUGUCGGUGAUGACAUGCUACAACGUUCAUUAACUAAGGAAGAGUUUCUUACACCAACCGCACCUGGACUUGGUUUAAUGCUUGAACGAUUACAUUUUGAUCACUAUGCGAACUUUUACAAAGACCAUGAUCCACUGACUUUUGAAGAGUUUGACGCAGACGUUGAGAAAUUUCGACAUGAACACAUUUAUCCAAUCAUUGUUGAGACAGAAAUUCGAGAAAAAUCCAUGGUUGAAUGGCUUGAAUAUCUUUGCAUACAUAGCUUUGAUUCUGAAUCAAAAGAUAGAGAAGAAAACCGAAAAUACCGCAACGAUCCACGAUUCAGCGAUGAAUGGGGUGAAAGUCCGGAAUUUAUUAAAAAAUUAAACAAACGAUUAAACGAAUAAAGUUAUUUUGGUUUCAGUUGAUGGAAUAAA